AUUCGCUGGUUGGUGGACUACAACCUACCCACAUAGUCCACGCAGUUGCGGACGUUAAAACUUCCCGUUACGAAACCAACCACAUCUAAAAUCACACAUAUUGUACAUCUUCUGAGAAGUGCUGAAGAGGUUAAUCCAUCCGGAUUUUCGGAACUGUAUCAAGAGCUGCUGCGAAUGACUAACGAAGUAAUUGGUGAUUCAUCAGACUUUCAAAGUGCAAAGAAACAACCGCGUUGGCCGAAAAUCAUGGCGUCCGUAGAUUUGUGCUUCACAUGCAGCAAGCCUGUUGCGGUUGACGCAGUUCGCUGUGCACACAAUCGGUUACUUUACCAUCGAAAGUGUCUGCGUGUGCAAUCAGAAGCCCGUUGUACAAUUUGUGUCAACGCUUCACAAACGGUAUCUGUGCCCAUGAUGGCAGUGUCUAGCUGUACUACCGGUAAGAAAGCACAUUUUUCCUUCGAUAUUUAUCUGUUGGCCAUUCACCUUCACCGAAAUUCACAGUUGCCUCGACCCCAUCAACAUGCCCCGCUUACGAAGGUAAGCGACAGCUUAGUAUAACAAUUUCCUGCGCAGGCAGUCAGGAUGAGAUUACCGCCUUUCCGAGUACAAGUCAACAAACCGUACCCCAUCAUAUUGCACCUGCACUUGGUACUGAUGAUCUUUUUCCUUAACUUUCAUCGAUAGGUUGUCGGAAAGAAGCCGUCGAGUUCCCCGCAACGAGAGGUAUUGUGUAGAAUGCGGUGCCAAAUUAAGCUAUGCUGUGCAACUUAACCGCCCAUUUUCACUUUAUUGUAACGUCGACAUG